GUUGGUGAUGCCAGCCAAAUUGAUAUGUCAAAGUGAGAAAGAAAGAGGGAGUGAUGAUGUUGGUAGAGUUGGAAGUCACGCCAAACUGAGACAGCAAUGCUUUUGUUUGGGCUAAUAAAACCGUUUUCUUUGUUUCUGCUUCUCAGUUGCUGAACCUAACCCACACGCGCAACAUUUUCCUUCCUUUCUUGUUUUGCUCUGCACUGUCACGUCAACAUGAACGGGAAAGCCUCCAUCUCCAAGGAGCUCAAUGCCAAGCACGCCAAGGUGGAAGAUGGUCACAGGAAAACCAUUCUCAUGCUGCCACUCUCACAGCUGAUGCUUGGGCACUUGUCUAGUCAAUCUAUUAGUAAGAGUUCAAGUGUGCAGCCCAUACGCACAAUUUCCCAGUUAUCUUCUCUUUCCCAGUCAUGUCGACUAAAAAUAUUAGAAGGACUUCUUAAGCUGCCUGAGAACAGGGAAUGCGCAGACUGCCGGAACAAGGCACCACGAUGGGCAAGUGUGAACCUAGGGAUUUUCAUUUGCAUGCAAUGUUCAGGAAUUCACCGAAGUCUUGGAGUUCAUAUAUCAAAGGUGCGGUCUACAACUUUAGAUACAUGGUUGCCAGAUCAAGUUUCUUUCAUGCAAUUAAUGGGUAAUGAGAAGUCAAAUAAGCACUGGGAGGAAAAAAUUCCACCAAAUUUUGAUAGAAGUAAAUUGGGAAUUGAGAAGUUUAUCCGUGACAAGUAUGUGGAGAAAAGAUGGGCUUCAAAAGAAGAACUGCAAUCAACUUCAAGGACAGGUGAAAUAAUCUAUAACUUUGAUGAGUCACAAAAUGGAGGGGCUAGGAGUGGUAUUCUGAAGAACAACAGGAGACUUUCUCUUGAAGAAAGUAUUCUUGCUAACCACGUGGCACAAAUUCUACCUCCAAUAACAAGAUCUCGUGGGGGUUUUACUUUUAUAGACACGCAAAAGAAGAAUUCACCUCCAUUAAAAAGGCCAUCCUCAUCAGUUGAUUUUGACAAGUCCACAGGAAAGAGCAAUGGCACUGGUGACAUUUUCAACUUGCUUUGCAUCUAUGAUGAUAACCAGAACUUCUCAACCAUGCCUCCUUCAAGUUGGGCAACAUUUGAUUGAGAUGUGCCAGCGUUUUAAGUUUAUAGCUUGUUCAACUAAUCCUUGGUGUAGAAGUCACAAGAUUAUAGUUACAGAUGACGCUGUGAAGUGGCAUGAGCAUUGAGCUGCAUAAGUUUAGUGUUUGUUACAGUACGAUGUUUUGAAUAAUCAACACAUUGCAGUAGGAUAUAACAUCUACACCACUUUCACUUUGGUGUUGAGAUCGUCCAUAGUAUGGUUUGGUUUGCAGUUAGUUCAUGGUUCAUUUUUCUUACAGCAUUAACUAAUUUGAGAUGGGCAAGAGGAUGGAGGACAUAAUAGUUAUGUUUCUUCUUUCACUAAGUUUUCUUCUCUGGUCUGCGAUAGAUAAAAACAUUGUAAAUUUAAUUAUUACUUGACUUAUAUUUGUCCAUCUUCUACU